GGAAGGACAAAGAAACAAUUAUUUUCAAAACAUUGAGCUGUUUCAAAUGAGCACGCAAAGUGCUUACUCACACCUUGUCCUCAUUUCAGUGUCCUCGUGAAACCCGCAGUUGUUUGCAAACAGUUGCACGUGCUUGCGAAGUGAUUGCUAUGCGCCUGCGCAGUGUGUCGUGCGCAUGCGAGUUAUAAAACUGUGUCACUCUUGGUGUUAUUUCCGUACAUUUCAGCUGUAGAAUUUCACCGUCAAUCGAGCGUCUCUUCGUGUGUGUAAACUAGCACAACUGCAUUGGAUAUCCACAGUUUGUAAAGGUGACUUAACAACCAAAGCUUUUUAGAACCAAAAAUGUUAAGUAUCUGCAGCACCUUCGCUUUACGGUCAGCCAGAUAUUACUUGCCUGGAAUCCGAGCCAUCUCCACAUCGUCUUGCUUACUGACAGGCCCUCUGGAUGACCAAGGGCAUGUAGUCAUCAAGGAUAAACCCUCUCAAGGAAAGCACGGGAGACCUGAGCACGCUUUUGCACCUCACCAUUGCCAGGAUUUAGAGGUCCUGUCCCAAAUCGACGAUGCCAUUAAGGAGACAGAGGAGAUGAUGGUUGGGGGGCCGGAGACGGCAAGAGUACACGCGCACGCGGCGGCCUCCGCGGCUGCCGAUACCGACUCUCCGGACAGCAACUACUGCGAUGCCCACAGUAACAUUGAUCUCCACUGCGUGAUGCAGACUAUGGUCCCCGAGCCCGUUGACACCAACAACGGUUCCCCGUCCCACGUGAACAUGCCAGGCGGGGGACAGCUCCGAAAUGACAAGUACGUCUACGAUAACCUACACGAGAUCUACCCGUCGCGGAAGUACCACACUAGCGCUCGACAGUACUCCAGUGCACCCCCUGAACCGAAAUAUUGGACCGGCACGGACCCCUGCCCCCAGGGUGUCCAGGGAGACGACUGUGAGAGGUUCAAACUGUGGCUGGAGAACUGCCGCAAGUAUGGCCUGCAGGACUGCGAUAGGGAGGUGCAGGGAAUUCAGGAAGGCAGGAAGACAGUGGCACAGGUUAUUGCAGAGCAAGAUGAGAUGAUCAGGAAAAUCACUGCUCAUUAUAAGAAGAAUGGAGACAAGGAGCAAUUUGGUCAACAAAAGAGGGGCUAUGCCUCCCUGGUUUUUCCCCAGCGUCGCCAUUACUGCACCAAGUCUGACCCACCACCGCCAGCAGGAGAGGUACAGCUCAGCGGGGCACAGAAACUAAAACUAGCUGUAAAGGAUUAUGGUUCAACAGUAGUUGUAUUCCACGUCAGCCUCUCCCUCGCCUCCUUAGGGGGCUUUUAUCUGGCUGUGACAAGUCAAAGAAGGACAUUCAUGGUGUUUGUAAUUUGUUUAUAGCUAAAUUUGGACAGUAACGCUCAUUAUUUCCGUAAACAAACGUGAGCAAGUACAGGUGAUUCCGCUUUAGCUCAUCCCACUAACCUAAUCACCAAGUUGCCUGAUAGAAAUGAUAUUUGGAAAGGGAAGGGUUUUGGGACAGGGUGCAGAUUAAGAAGUUUACUUACUGUGUGGAUAAAUGAAUAAUGCCUGGCUUUGAGAUAAAAUUAUGAGAGUCAUACACUACAUUUUGAUUCACCAUCUUGGAUACUUGAUCACAUGAAUGGUAAUUUUACGUAAAAAAAAAAA